AUGGAUAAAGGACACAAGUUACCUCAUGACAUCUGGGAGCUGCUGCACUGCCUGAGGAUGAGGAGCAAGUACGCCGUCUUCCUGGUGUUUGUGGUAGCCCUUGUCAUAAUUGAGAAGGAGAACAACAUCAUAUCCAGGGUGUCAGACAAACUGAAACAGUCUCCGCCACCCCCACUGGAAGCUGACAGCACAGACUCUGGCUUGGUGCUGCCAGAGAAUGGUUCCCUCUUGUCCCUUAGUGAGCUGGAUUUGGCUUUCUCGCAACUCAAGAGCCGGCUCCAGAACGUCACUCUGCAGCUUGUGGGGACUAAAGAACUGUUGCCAGCUCCAGCUAAGGUGACCCGGAAACAUGUGCUCUUAAUGGCCACCACCCGCACUGGUUCCUCCUUUGUCGGGGAAUUCUUCAACCAACAGGGCAACAUUUUCUACCUCUUUGAGCCACUGUGGCACAUCGAAAGGACAGUGUCCUUCGAGCCUGGUGGUGCUAAUGCGGUGGGGUCAGGCCUUGUCUACAGAGAUGUUUUGAAGCAGCUCUUCCUCUGUGACCUCUACACCUUGGAGAACUUCAUCAUCCCAUUCCCAGAGGAUCACCUGACUCAGUUCAUGUUCCGACGGGGUUCGAGCCGCUCCCUCUGCGAGGAGCCAGUCUGCACGCCUUUUGUCAAGAAGGUCUUUGAGAAGUAUCACUGCAAGAACCGCCGCUGCGGUCCCUUAAAUAUGACUCUGGCCGCAGAAGCCUGCCUGCGCAAGGAACACAUGGCACUUAAGGUUGUGCGGAUUCGGCAGCUGGAGUUCUUGCGCCCCCUCGUUGAAGACCCUCGUCUGGACAUGAGGAUCAUUCAGUUGGUACGAGAUCCCCGGGCAAUACUGGCUUCUCGAAUGGUUGCUUUCUCGGGUAAGUAUGAAACCUGGAAGAAAUGGGCCAGUGAAGGGGCAGCAACCCUCAAUGAGGAGGAAGUGCUGAGGCUGCGGGGCAACUGUGAGAGCAUCCGGCUCUCAGCUGAACUUGGUCUGAGGCAGCCGGCAUGGCUACGGGGUCGCUAUAUGCUGGUCCGCUAUGAGGACAUUGCCAGGUCGCCCCUCCAAAAGGCGAAGGAGAUGUACAAAUUCACAGGUAUCACCAUCACCCCUCAGGUGGAGGAGUGGAUCCAGAAGAACACACAGGCUCCUCAGGAUAGCAAUGACAUCUACUCCACCCAGAAAAACUCCUCCGAACAGUUUGAGAAAUGGCGGUUCAGCAUCCCCUUCAAGCUUGCCCAGGUGGUGCAGAACGUCUGCAGUCCAGCCAUGAGCCUGUUUGGCUACAAGCUGGCCAGCAGUGCCGAGGCCCUUACAAACAGGUCUGUCAGUCUGCUGGAGGAGAGGAGGACCUUCUGGGUCACGUAAAGGUGGCCUUUGCUGCUGUGCUUUCUGUACCAUUGGAUUCUGUGGGGUUGAAAAAGACAGAAGACAAGAAUUGUCGAGGAAGGAAAACA